AUGCGCUGCUCACGGCUGCUCUCUCUCCCCGCCGUCCUAUCCAUUGCAUCGGCACUCGCCAUCCAGCGACGAGAUGCCGACUUCUUCAGUGUGCGGACGCAUAUGCACAAGGAUAUGAGCGGGAAGAAAGGCGAUCCGAGCGAGAAAUAUUUCCAUGAAAGCGUAUUCCAUCCCCAUUACGACGGAAGAUUCGCAGACCACCAGCUCGGCUACCAAGAGCGCAAAAAGGCCCUGUCGAACCUCAUCCAGACCUACCUCGCGACUUUCGCAGAUAUCGGCGUCGAGACAUGGCUGAUGCACGGCACGCUGUUGGGAUGGUGGUGGAAUCGGAAGAUUCUCCCCUGGGACUCGGACUCCGACGUGCAAGUCUCCGAGGCUUCAAUGCACUACCUCGCCUCCUAUUACAACAUGUCCGUCUUCCACUACCAGACGCCACGGAUACCACAAGGACGGGAUUAUAUGCUGGAGAUCAACCCGCAUUAUGUGAUUCGGGAGCAGACGGACAAGUUGAAUGUGAUCGAUGCGCGAUGGGUCGAUACGGAGAGUGGCCUUUUCAUUGACAUCACCACGGCAAGGUACAAUCACUCGCACCCUGCGGGCCGGGGAAUGUUGGUGUGUAAGGAUGGACACGAGUAUAGGGACUCGUACGUUUUCCCUCUGCGAGAUACGUACUUCGAGGGCACACCAGCAAAGAUUCCAUAUGCAUACAAAAAGCUCCUGGAGGCGGAGUAUCAUCAGAAGGCCUUGACUCUGACCGAAUUUCAAGGACAUCGCUUCGAUGAAGAAAAACUGGAAUGGAUCCCGGUGAACAAGGAAGACGAGAAGAAGAAGGCCAAGGGGACGGAGCUUAAAAUCGAACCACCCAAGAAGGCAGAGCCCAAGAAACAAGAACCCAAGACACAGGAACACAAGCAAGAAGCUCCGAAGUCAGCGCCCGCUCAGACCCAGGAACCUUUGAAGGGAAUCAAAGAAAAUGCUCCGGUGCCAGUGCCAGUGGCUCAGAAGGCGGACGGAUCGUCUCCGGACAAAGCAGCGGUCUUGAGAGGAGCCGAGCGGAAGCAACCAGCUGCUCAAAGAAAAGCCGAAGAGAAGAUUCUAAGUCAAGAUGAGAAGCGAGAGGAGAUCAAGAGGAGGAGCGAAGAGGAGAGGAGGAAAAGGGAGCAGAAGGCACUCGCCCAGAAACAGAAGCGGCUGGAAAGCGAGAAGAAAGCUGACGCAAAGCUGGCUGCUGGAAAGGUGUCUUGA